UCACAUCCACCCGAGCGGUCAGUGAAGCUGGACUUCUGGGAGCAAACAGUCUUAGCUGCUGCAUCUCCUACUACUCUGGGACUUUUCUAAGGAUGGGGGACACCGUGUCUUUGUCUGCAGACCAGCGGCAGCAGGAACUGAACCUGUACGCCAAUGCACUCUUUACUUCAGCCGAAUGGAAAGGCUUUGACAUCGACCAGUCUCUGCAGAAAUUCUCAGGAUUGGGUGCAACAGCGCAGCUGAACGCCUACAGAGACUACAUCAUACAGGGACAAGACCUGAUCUACAUUGGGAACACCCUGGAGAAGCUGGGGUCUACUCUGGGCGGACUCACCCCCAUCGCGAACGCCCUGGGGCCAGUGGCGCUCUGCAUUUCUAUGUUACUGGAGAUAAUCGGCGUGUCCCUGGGCAAGAACGCCAUGGGCACGGCUCAAAUGCUGCGGCGGGUCUUUGCAGAGGAGAAGGCCAGUGAGGUACGAGAUCUGAUGGACGACUACUUAAAACGUCUGCAGAUAACCCUGAGGAACCCAAGGCUUCAGCUGGACGACACCCGCCGCCUGGAGGCGGAACUGAGUACUCAGCUGACACGGUUGCAGAACUCCAUGGUAUUUGACGGACACAUGAGCACUCGCUUCCUGAAGCAGUGGGUGAACGGAGCCGCCUUCCACACACAGAUGCUAAUCCACGAGGCUCGUCUGGAAGGGUCGGCGGGAGUCAAGGCCACUCUUGCAGCUGCCGUUUACCAUCAACAAAUGAACUUCCUGUUGGAGAAAUACAAGGCCUACCUACAGACGGUGGCCUCGGUCCACGGUGACGCAUUCUCUGCCUAUCAGUACAUGGACAGAAUAUGUUCAGUGGAAUACGGAGAAGGUCCAUAUGGAAAAAGACAGAUCCAGAUUUUCAAUGCCAAGGAGAAGUACUGCUUUAAGACCCCAGAGUUCAUAGAGACGCUGUUUCAAAGACCAGAGAUCGCUUGGGCUAAGACCUACUUCUCUGACCUGCAAGCAAAUAUUCCAUUUCUGGUCAAACUACGAAAUAACUUUGUCAUCAUCAAUUGAGAUUACCAAGAGCUUCAACAAAUGACUUCGAAGAAAGAAAAUCAACGAUAUCAAUUUAAAGGACAACCUUUUAUUGAGUUCUUAGAAAAGCAGCGACUCAGGUUUCAACAUUUGCCUGUUGAAAGUUAAUAAGAGAUGUUUAGCUAGGUCUGUAGGUGGCAAAAAAUGAUUGGGUGUUGAUGAAAGUUCAAAAUCAGUAAGAAGAAAAAUGUGUUUUUUGUCAGUCCCUUGUAUUUCCAUAAAAACAAUGAUUUCAAGUAUUCUACUGAAAUGUCAGCAGAAGGUCACCACCUGUCCAGAAACAUGGCGUGAACGUGGAAACAUCUCGCUGGACCCACAACCUUCACAAGUAGCGUCAGCUCCCGUUAAUCACUCAACAAACGUCUCAUUUGGUUCGCUUUUAAAAGACGCUGAAAGAUUGGCCGUCGUCAUGGCAGCUUCAGCCCAAUCCCACAUCGAGUGACAUCAUGACAAUGAAGCCCAGGAUGGCGGUCCAGGACGCCAGCCGCCCGUCUCCACUGGUAAAAAAAAAACAAAGGAAGGCUGAAAUCAUCCCCUUCUUCCAUCUAAAACCCUUAGUGUUCACUUUGCUGACGUUUGUAUGCAUUUUUUAGUUUUCUGAGGUUUUUGCUGGUUUUACUUUCUGACUGAUAGUUUCUUCCUGUAGAUCCUGCAGCUGCAAGAUAUGCAGGAAGAAACCAUCAUCAUCUCCCUCAGAGGCUUUAGAACAAUCUUUUCUAACCGUGAGAUCAAACAGUCUUCUUGCUUUCAUGAUGUGAUGUAGGCUGAUGGACCUUCUGGUAAAAUUGAACUUAAAUAAAGAAAUAAAUGAUGAUGAAUGGGA